UGUUAGGACUUUUUCUGGUGUCCAAUCCUGAUAAAUAUCUUUGUAUUUGUGUAGCUAUUUUGUCUAGAUAUUUCAGCUAUUAUUAGACUAGCUUUCUUAGGAAGUGUGUAAAGUGUAUUAUUGGGCCCAAUCAUUAAAAGAGCCCAAUCAUGCUUAGGUCACAUCACACAUUCCCUAGGCAUAUAAAUAUUGCCUUUAAGGGAAUGUGCAAAAAGACUUUUCAGAUAUUCACGCAUACAUCUAGUCUAGUAAGAGAGAGAGCCGAUACUUCCCUUCUCGAUACCCAACUCUGUAUUUCUCGAUCAUUUUGGUAUUGAAUGGGUUAAUCUGUUUCUUCUCUACUCUAUAUUUUGGAUGAUUGUUGGAUGAAACAGGGACAAACAAUUGGUAUCAGAGCCGAGCGUGAAAUCGAUUGAAGAUCGUCUGCUGAAGAAACUGCGAAAAAUGCUUUGUUUUAUGUUUCUCGAUGUCUUCUCAUUUUUGCUCUUGUAAAUCUGUUUCUGCUAUUUCAAGUGUAAAAGUUAUACUGCUAGAAUCGCCAUCUCAAAACGAUUCAGCGGCAUAUCUUCAUUUUUCACUUUUGUAAGAUUCAGAUUUUCGAUUUCUCGAUAAUCUUAUAUCGAAAAGCAGGUUUCUCGAGGUCAGGAAGUUCAUCUCGAUUUGAAAACAGUACAGGGUGUUUCUCGCAGCAAAGGACUUUGCAGAAGAAGUUUUGGAAUUGCAAAAAUCUUUUUUUUCGGUGCAGGAUCUCGACAUCACGAUUUCGACAUCUGAGUUCUCGAAUCGAGAUUCUCGAUAUUCAUUUCUCGAUAUUUGAGUUCUCGAUAUACAGGUUUUUGAUAUAGGUUCUCGAAGCACAGGUUCACGACACACACAGGUUCUCGAAGCUUAAGUUCUCGAUAAGCAUUCUCGAAGUUCAGGUUCUCGGUAAACAACAUCGAAAACCUCUUCUCGAAGUCAGAUAUCGAAAAGGCAUUCUCGACAUUCAGGUUCUCGACAACAUCGAAAACAGCUUCUCGAAGGCGGAUAUCGAAAACCCGCGUAAAGUUUAAAAAAAAAAAGGGAAAGGACAGAGGGGCAAAAUUGUUCUUUGAGACCCGCUGAAUUUUACGGCUAUCGUGUCCGCAGGUCGCCCGCGCAGGGGGGGUGCGAAUUUUCAAUUCUGAACUGAAAGCCGGAAUUCUUGUGUGCGCGAGAGCUCCCCUAUUCUCCUUCACCUUUUAAUACUAAGGGAGGAGUGAUUCAUAUAUAAAGGCUCAAAAGUUCUCUAAGAGUUUAGGUGUGGGAAAGUUAAAAAAGUCUACUUUCCACCUUUGCUUGAAAGUGUACACUUUUCCAUCUUUCUUUUUCAAGAGCUAAUUUGAGUCACUUCAAAGUCCAAAACUCCAACACCAAAGGUGAACCUUACAACCAAAGCUUCCAAGAGUCAACCUUGAGAUUAAAAAAAAAAAAAAAAAAAAAAAAUCAAAAAAAUAAAAAAAAAAAAAAAAAAAAAAAUCUCAAGGUUAAGGCUAUUUUUCUCAAGGACCAAGUUACACUUCAAGGUCCGGAAAUUUUGCAGAAACUUCAAUCAACCUCACAUCUACGGUCAACAUUCAACAAUCAACCAUGGAUGCCUCUAAGCCUUCUUGCUCCUGUACUUGCACAGUUCAUUCUUCACAAGAGAAGGACAAUAUUAUUAAGGAGUUAAGAGACAAGUUAAACAACAACCACAAAUUCUUAGUUGAUAGUCUAGACAAAGUCAGAUCCCUGAGCAUACAAUUAGAGAAUGAGAAGGAAAUAGUUAAGAAGCGAACUUCAGAAGCAGAUAAGCUUACACAAAAAGUAGCUGAACUGGCUAAGAAGGUUUGUGACACAGAAUUAGAACGAAAUGUUGCAAAAGCUGAAAACGAGUUUCUACAUGAGAAACGAUGCAAAUUGUACACAAAAAUCAAAGAGUUGGAGGACUUACUUGCUAAGAGAGGUCAAACAGAACAAACCAUUUUCUUAAAUCAGCCUAAAGACACCACUUUCUACAAUCCCAAGGAAGGCUUAGGUUUCCCAAACCCACGCAACUUAAAGAAAGUCAAUUGUAUUCAACUGUAUGACAUUGGAUACAUGGGCUUGGGUUUGACAAAACUUAUGUCUUUCGUGGGAGCGUCAGAAACUGAUGCCGAAGAAAAGGAAAAGAGAGAAAAUAAUCCUAAGGCUGAAAUCUCGUUUGACUACACUAAACUGAAUGAUAGUUAUAAGACUAGGGAAAUUCCUUUGUCUGAUGACUAUGUAUCACUUUUUCCUCCAGCAAGUGAGUCUGAGUCAGUGUCUGUAGGGGAAGAAAAAUCUGUUUCUGAAAAACCUGAAACCGAAAAUGUUUAUAUUCCAAAGAUCAUCUGUAAAAUUGCAGACUUGCACAAAUCUUUGGAAACUGAAAGAGAGGUUUUCAAAACAGAAAAGGAACAACUUUUAAAUGAGAUUUCUCUUCUAAAAAAUGCCCCUAGUGCAGACACAACCUCUACCUCCUCUCGUGUUUCAAAAAGUGUUUUCAAAGAUAGUUCAAGUUCAAGCUCUCAGUCGUUUAGCUCUGUCACACACCAUUCUUCUCGGACUUUUUCUAAUAACUCUAAAUUUGUGUUUUCUCAUUCUAGAGAUGAGGUUAGAAUGCCUGAGAAACCUAAGCAAAAGGCUAAAGCUUCUAAACCUCAUUGUGAUGUGAAUGAUGGCAAAUCGAAAAAGAAAAGAUUUGAAGCUUCAACCUAUACUGUUUGUGAUGGUGUUUGUCUGACUUAUCCCCUCAAGGUUUAUUCAGCUAAACACCUGAAACGGUUAUCAAGGGAGAAAAUCUUUACUUCUCGGAAAUCUGUUCCAUCAUUCACCAGCGCUGAAAAUUCUCAUACACCUGCAAUAACUCAAAAAUGGGUUCCUAAAUCAGAAUCCCAGUCAUAUAGCUCUCCAAAAGCUUCAAAAGAGACUGGUUUAGGAACUAAAAUAAAGCAAAAAUUUCAAAAUUUGUUUUGUGCUAAAAGGGAUGGACCCACCUUGAAAUGGGUACCAAAGGUUUCUUAACCUUUUGCAGGUCCGUCAUGUGUGGUAACUGAUCAGAUUGCUCCACACGCAUGGCGGGUUUGAAGACGAGCUGUGAGCAAUCAACUGGUGCACAUUAUGAAGGGGAGUAUUGGCAUGUAUACUACCUCAACGAGCUGAAAAUCAAGAAAUGCACACCUCAACGCCAACACAUGCCAAGAACAAACAACAAGUGCUUAUUCUGAGGGGGAAUGUUUCUUUUUCACUCCUCCUGGUGCCUAACAACGAAGAAAGCACAUUCCAAGGGGGAGUUUUCCACUUUACUCCCUGGGUGAUCAACAACACCUUAAACAUUCUGAGGGGGAGUUACAUUUUUCUCCUCCUGACGCCAAUCAAGGAUCAAUGCAAGACAACCCAAGAAAGUCAUAAGCGAAUCAGCUAAAGUCCCCCAGGUGUAUCUCCAGCAAUUUUGGGUAACACUUGUCAAGGACGCUGAUGAGGAUGAUAAUGAGAUAGAUGACGUGCUGACCGCCACUAUCAAGGACACCAAGGUCAUGAUUACCAAAGAGUUGAUGCACCAAGUGCUGCACUGGCAAACACACCGGCUUCGACUAGUGCAACAUCUACCAUUUGAUUGUCUUCCAUGAUGGUUUUCACUACUGGUGUGACGCUUCUCCAAAACAACUCCAUCCAUCCACUGAAGACUACCAACGGAGAACGUCAGCAAGUAUCUCCAAAAGAUGACUAAGGAUUCAACGCUUGUACCUCUCUUAAUACCAGUGUCUCUGUUGCAGUUAGCUGAUCCGAAUGAUCCAUCUGUCCGACACUACUGCCAGAAGAAUAGCACUAUACUCCCUAUGGCUCAGAUAAACCCCCCUGAGCCUACCCAAGGGAGUCAGCCGAGCGCAAGUGAGGGUCCUGAGAGUUCAACCCAGCCACAUAGACCAGUGGCGGUUCGGCCCCAUGAUGAUCAGACUACGUCUGCUGAGGGCCACCCCCGAGUUGCUGAGGAGACUACCUAUGACUCGUCUAGCGCAGCCAGACCAUAAAACGCUGAUGAUGAGGACUCCGGGAGCAAGGCUGAAAAGAGCGACAACAAGAAGGGUGGUGAGGACGACAAUCAUGCGGACAACAACGCAAAGAAAGCCAGGAAAGCUCAGGUACAAAAAUGUUGAUUCAAUAUCAAGCUUCCUACGGCUGCAGAUGAAGGGGAGUCUUACUUGAGAAAGAAUACUUAAGGACAGAUUACCAGUGAGACUCGCUCUAAAUAACAUCAUGAUGUCCUCUCUUCAUCACUCACUCCUACACAAAGAGUGCAAACAUCAAGAAGCCUAGCUGAAGAAACCUAGAUGUUACAAACCGGGCUAACCCCAUAGGCACAGAGACUGAUCUUUUCAGUCUCCGGGUAGAAGACGCAGCAUCCAGCCCAACUGCGCAUACACAAGCCUCCCCUAGCCACUCUGCUACCUCCCAAUAGGUAGUAGUUUCAAUAUCAGGGGAUCUCAUACCCACCUCUCCGCCCCCUUUCGGAGCAGUCGAGGAUAUCUAUAGUGACCAUCAGCCCUAGGUCACUACCCCUCCUUCUACCACUUUGUGUCUAGGUGUCACCCUCCAAAAUUUUCCAAUUUUUCUAGGACAUGUACACUUUUCACACCACCGCACUCUACAGGUCCACUCUACCUGUCAACAACGAUUGGAGAUACUUCAAUGAUGAUCGGAAGUCCUGCUGCUCAACAGAUAACUCAAUCAUUAUAUGCAGGCCACACACCGGUUAUCUUUACCAAUGUUGUGACAACGGUUACUACCCCUGUAACCGGAAACCCUGACCCUACCGACCUUUCUGUCAUUCUGCAGCGCUUCUUGGAUUCCACCAUUAAGCCAUGGGUGCACGAAGCAAUAACCGCUUAGGCACAGGAAUUCAGGACCACCCCGACGCUUCUUAAUGACAUCAUCCAAACUCUAACUCAACCCUCAUCCUCCCACUCCCAAUAGCAACUCACUCCAAUCCUUACCCUAUCCCAUUUGACCAUUUACCAUGCCGUUCGAUGACCUAGCAUCCAUUAUGCCAGCGAGAAUUCUGGAAAUCAAAGAAGCUCCACUCAUUGACAAACAAAGAGCUCUUAUUGUGGUACUUGAAACCUAAAGCACAUGCAAUGACAGUCUCCGCGGUCACAAACGUUCACAUGAGGACCCUGAUUAUUCGGCUCCUCAUGAGGGGGAGACUAAGAGGCAACGGAUACUCGAGCAUGGUGCUUCAUCUAGCCAAUAACCCCAACCUGAACCCUCAAACAACCAAGCUAAAUGCAAGAAUUCUCUCGAGGAUGCAGAUUUUGAGGGGGAGUUUUCAAUGUUCUCCUCCCAAGCGCCAAUUAUCAUCAAAGGCAUCCUACUGAGUGCUACAGUUGAGGGGGAGUACAAAGAGAAAAGAGCAAAGAGAAAUGAGAGACAAGUCCCAAUGGCUUAGUAAACCCAACUAAGCCUACCCAAGGGGCAAAGCCGAGAGUGCGUGGGUAACUGAGUGAACACUAUGAGAGUGAGGAAGCAGAAGGCUCUUGUGAGCGAGAAAACAAUAAUCAAUGACAUGUCUGCUACCUCAAUUGCGCUUUCAAUUGAGAGAAUUACUCCCAGUCACUCAAAUAAUCCGGACAAUUCCCCAUAGGUUCAGGACUGAAUUUAUUCAGAUCCCGGGUAGAAGUCGCUGCAUUUUGUCCAAACGGCGCAUGCACAACCCUACCCUAGACCACUCACUUGUCUCCCAACAGACAUGUGCUUAAUCAUAUUUCACGGGGAACCUCAUCUAUUAUUAUUGUCUCCUUCCGAGGCAAGUGAUACUGACUACAGUGGCCUCAGCCCCAUGCCACUGAACUUUCAUUGAUCACGUCGUGUCUAGUUAUCUCACUCCCAAAUGUUUUGAAUUUUUUUUAGGACACAGACACUUUUUAGAGUCAGCUGCAGGUCUUCAUGACCCGCGAGAACUUCCAUAGGGCUCAUCUACUUUAGAUGUAGACCAAUGAUUGGAAGGAAGUCCUGCUAUUGCAACAUAGAAAUCACCAACAUGUUCAGGCCAUCGCUCUAGAGUUUAUCUCUAUAGUGAUGAUAACGGGUGUCUACGCGACCCCGGGGGGCUACCACUUUCUUUGCUGAUCUUUAUGAUUAUGCCAUAACAACUAGAGUGACAUCUACUUCAGAUGCUUCACAAUGACUGGUUGGAAGUCCUGUUAGAACUUUAUUGCUUCUAUCAUUUUACACAGGCCACACAUCGGUGUUUACAUUGAUGUUGUGAUAACGGAACACUAUGGUGUCUCCGGUUUUUAUCUUAUCUUCUUUCCUUUUAGUUUUUGUUAUCCAGAAUAAAAGAAUAAAAGCAUGACGUCCCGAUUCAUCGGAUCGUCAUGAGGGGGAGAAUGGUCCACAUGCUGUUUACUAUCAACAAAUCAUUCUUGGACACAUCUCUCCUCCAACACAAAUCAAAAGACGGAUCUCUACUCUCUCAAAUCAUCAAGACUGCCAAGUCAGCUUCAAAUCAAACAGUCAGCUACACUCAGAGUUAACCAUAUCUUUCCGCUGUGCCACCGACGAGAUCUCCUCAACAAAAAACAAUCUUUUUCCGCUGUGCCACCUACAAAUUGAAGGAGAUAGAGGCCGGGUAAUCAAAUUCUGAAAAUGAAUCCCAUGCGUGCCUGGAAAUCAUCAGAACAUUCAUUCCAGAGGCGUCAUCGGACUUAAUUCAAGCUGAUCAAGAGCAACUUCUGGAAGGCAAGGACUACAUGCAAGAUACUGAAGAUUCUUCAACUCCCUGACAUCAAAGAACAAAUUGCCAUGAAGACAUCAAAGGGGAGAUUGAAAGGAUUUCUUCAAAAAUCCUUCUUUAGAAGCUGAGUUCAACACAAAGACAAAGGAAGCUGAGCUGCACUGAAGAUCAAGACAAAAGAGGAUCAACUCAACCAAUCUUAACUACGCUCUCCUCUACAUUGCUGAAUAAACACAAAGACAAAGAUAUUCGCGCUACAAUGCUGAUUGAACAUGAUUGAACACCAAGGGGGAGAUUGUUAGGACUUUUUCUGGUGUCCAAUCCUGAUAAAUAUCUUUGUAUUUGUGUAGCUAUUUUGUCUAGAUAUUUCAGCUAUUAUUAGACUAGCUUUCUUAGGAAGUGUGUAAAGUGUAUUAUUGGGCCCAAUCAUUAAAAGAGCCCAAUCAUGCUUAGGUCACAUCACACAUUCCCUAGGCAUAUAAAUAUUGCCUUUAAGGGAAUGUGCAAAAAGACUUUUCAGAUAUUCACGCAUACAUCUAGUCUAGUAAGAGAGAGAGCCGAUACUUCCCUUCUCGAUACCCAACUCUGUAUUUCUCGAUCAUUUUGGUAUUGAAUGGGUUAAUCUGUUUCUUC